AUGGCUUAAAAAUAAUAACAAAUUAAUAUCGAAUUUAAAAAAAUGGCAAAAUCAAAAGAAAAAAGAUAUUAUCAACUUGCGAAUCAGAUUUUAUAUCCUCAAGGUAUUGAUUGCAGAGCUAUUGCAUGCAAUCAAAAUUUUAAUCUAAUUUUAUUGACAAUUGAAAAUAAGGUUCAUGUGUUUUAAUUUAAAAAAGAAGCACUAAAAUUAGUCUAAAUUAUUUCUUAAAAUCAAAAAGCUGUUACAACACUAAAUUUCUCUAAAUACAAUCCAUUAUUUUUUUUUGGAUCAAGUGAUUGCUCAAUAACUGUAAACUCUUAAAAUCUUAUAAAAAAUGCAAAAUAUAUCAUUAAAUUAAAAGGUCAUCUUGCAGGUGUUAACUGCUCUAUUUUGCAUCCUAAAGAAAAUCUUCUCAUUAGUGGAUCUGAUGAUUUUACAAUAAAAUUUUGGAAUUCAACAAUAUAAGAAUGGUCUUAUUAAUAAACUAUUGAUCAACACAAAGAUUCUGUAAGGGGAUUAUCAAUAAAUGAAAAUGGAAAUCAACUUAUUUCAUCUGGAGAUGAUAAAUAAAUUUUAGUAAUCGAAUAUUCUAAAGAUAACAUAUGGAAAGUGAAAUAGAUGAUAGAGAUGUUUUCAUAUAGAAUACUUUUUAUAUCAAAUGAGAGUUUCAUUAUUUUACCUUAUUUAAGCAAUACAUUUGAAUUAUACUCUCUCAAUUAAGAUGGAUUAUUCAUAAAAUAAAAUGGUUUUCCAAUCAAAAAUGAAGGUAAAUAUUGUUCAUGUUUCUGUCCUGCUGUAUAUAUUCCAGAAAAAAAUUGGUUGUUUCUCAAAAAUGGAAUUAAUUUAAGUAUUUUUUAAUUUGAUUUCCAAUCUGAGAAUAAUUAGUUCUUCUAAAACUGUAAAAUUAAUUAGACAAUUAAUUUAGGACAUCAUAAAUUUUGUGGAACAGUGAGUUAAAAUGGAGAAUAUCUAAUUACAUGGAAUGCUAGAGCUAGCUAACUUGACAUCAGAAAAAUUAAUAAAUAAAAAAUAUGA